GGUGCAAUCGGUUCUCGCGCUAUGCACAGCCUGCAAAACUACGGCGUCGAAACCCCACAGUACGAUGGCAAGCCACACACCUUCAGCUUCACGUACCAUGUCGGCACCGGCACGCUCCAGGAAUACGCCCACCCAUGACAACGCCAACGACCGAGGGAGGACGACCCGAGUAUCACAUGACCCAGUCGGGAGCUUAUGCUAUGACCCAUGCUCGCGACACAUACGCCGAGGGAAUUCACGCGUUCAGGAACACCCUGGAGUUAGCUGAGACGUACAGAGGGAACUUCAUCCGAGAUGCAAAUGCCAGAGCGUCUCAACCGGAGACAGUCACCCGCCAAGAGCGCACCACAGUCGAGAUACAGCCUCCAGAAGACUCACCUGAUGAAUUCGCGCCUUCUCCCCGGUACGCAACUCAGAUACAAUAUGAGGAGGACUCACCUGACGAAUUGGCGCUUUCCCCUCCCGGUUAUCUCUAUGAGGGCGAUGAUUCACAGGAUCCGUUAGCUGUUGAUCCACCGACGAACCUCACAACAAGCUUUGCAUCGAGCUUUGAACCUCAGAGCCGGCCGAAGCGGCAACGCAGUCCGCGCUCCGAUGCCAUAGAGGGUUAUACAUCAAAGACCCGAUCACGUAACACGAGGGAGGCCGACUCGUCUGCCACAACCCUAGGACCGGUAGCGGCGGGCACAGGCGAGUCCUUUCAGGUGCGGACAUAGCGGAAGAAAGGGAAGCUUUGCUUUCUCAACCUGCGAAAGCAGGAGAUCAAGACGAAAGCCAGAGAUUGGACGGAACAAGUGUUGAAUGAUGGAAGCAAGUGUUUCAACUGGCAAAGCCCGAAGUCUGAACGUGUUUUCUGGACAACCACGCUGGCCACGGAUUCCCAGAAGAAACAGAGCAGCAAUUAGAAGGCGUUGAUUGGAUGUAAUUAUCGCAAUACUUUUCUUGUCGCGUGAUGCUCUGGCGGAUCAUUCAAACCAUUGAUAGAUUAGAUAGCCGGGAUUCUAUCUCUAUGUAUUAACUAACUGGUGCCGAAUUGGG